CUUCCGGUUCAACGGUUCACCGGCUUCGGGGAUGGCCAUGUUUUCAUGAUCGUGAUACAUCUUUGAGAGCUACCAAACAAUAAUCCAGUCAAAAGAAGAGGUUAUUCUUCAGCCGUCGUGGUUUUGUCCGUGUCGAUACCGUCAGAAUGGCCGAGGAUGUCCAGAAGCACUCAGUCCACACUCUGGUCUUCAGGUCCCUCAAAAGGACGCAUGAUAUGUUUGUGUCCGACCAUGCGAAGUCCAUCGCACAGGACGAAGAAAGCCACAAGAUGAAGAUGGGUGUGAAACUGAAGGCGGAUUACAGUGCAGUUUUACACAUGCCUGUCUUGAAAGAAGGGACGGAACGAGUGUCCCAGCUUGCUGGCAGUACGCUGGGCCACCAGAGCUACACACAGCCAGGGGAUGACCCAGAUUACCUGAUCACCGGGACACAUGCUUAUCCCUCUGGACCCGGGGUGGCCCUGACUGCUGACACAAAGAUGCACAGGAAUCCAAGUGAGGGAGGAGUCCACUCCAUGGCGCUGGUUUUGCCGCCAUCGCAAGCCAGGCUGGACGCAAGCCGCACUGCAUCCAGCGUGGGGGACAUCCAUCGGCACGCGGGAGGAGCAGAGAGAUCUCACCCCCAGUCGACUGCCGUGUCGCUGUUGGAAGGAGGCGGCACCAGAAAUUCUACGCUCGCGAGGAAAGCACCAACCAUGCCUAAACCCCAGUGGCAUCCACCUUGGAAGCUGUUUCGGGUCAUCAGUGGUCACCUUGGCUGGGUGAGAUCCAUCGCUGUGGAGCCGGGGAAUCAGUGGUUUGUCACCGGCUCUGCGGAUAGAACCAUAAAGAUCUGGGACCUGGCCAGUGGGAAACUGAAGCUCUCCCUGACUGGACACAUCAGCACCGUGCGUGGUGUGGCGGUCAGCAACCGGAGCCCUUACCUGUUCUCCUGUGGGGAAGACAAGCAGGUCAAGUGCUGGGAUCUGGAGUACAACAAGGUCAUCAGGCACUACCACGGACACCUUAGUGCUGUGUACGAUAUCGACCUACAUCCGACUAUCGACGUGCUGGUGACGUGCAGCAGGGAUUCCACAGCUAGGGUCUGGGACAUCAGGUCCAAAGCUAACGUGCACACACUGACCGGCCACACCAACACCGUGGCCACGGUGAGGUGUCAGGGUGCAGAGCCACAAGUCAUCACUGGGAGCCACGAUUCAACCAUCAGGCUGUGGGAUUUGAUCGCUGGGAAAACCCGAGCAACGCUGACCAACCACAAGAAGUCUGUCCGAACUCUGGCGCUGCACCCCAGGCAAUACACUUUUGCCUCUGGUUCAGCCGACAACAUCAAGCAGUGGAUGUUCCCAGAUGGCAACUUCAUCCAGAACCUGUCGGGCCACAACGCCAUCAUCAACACGCUCGCCGUUAAUUCUGAUGGCGUGUUGGUGUCUGGAGCCGACAACGGAACCAUCCACAUGUGGGAUUGGAGAACGGGCUACAACUUCCAGCGGAUCCACGCGGCCGUGCAGCCGGGCUCCCUGGACAGCGAGUCGGGCAUCUUCGCCUGCAUGUUCGACAACUCUGAGAGCCGACUGAUCACGGCGGAGGCCGACAAGACCAUCAAAGUGUACAAAGAGGACGACACCGCGACGGAAGAAAGCCAUCCAGUCAACUGGAAACCAGAAAUCCUCAAGAGGAAACGAUUCUAAUUGUCGCAUUUGCUCCUCAAUUUUAUUUCUACCAAAACCAAUCCUUUUUGUAAAAAAAUAAAAUGCCCAUCAAGUUUUUCUUGCUAAUGUUUUUUCAUAACAAAGACGACCACACGGUCCUGUUUUUAUUCCCCAAAAAAACAUUUGCCGUGUUCAUCGUAAGACGUCAGUCCAAUACAGUGUUUGUUCUUGAUGACGACAUUUCUCUGGUCCGUCUGGUCCACCACCAUCAGCCACUCGCCGAGGGAUCGACCUCAGAGUGCAGCCGAUUGCUCAAACGUUACAGAAGGACACAAUGUUUUUUUUUUUUUUUUUUUUUUUUUUUAACCCGUUUUACUUUCAGCUUUAUUUUCUGGUUGGCAAUGUGAAGUUUAUUUCUGUUGCAUUUAAUAAAAUCUAAAUUUUUCACAUACUUCA